AUUUCAGGUUGCGAAUAAACCAACCAAGAAUGGCUUUAACCCAUCACAUGAUCAUCUUCGUGGCACUUCUUGUCGUCUCCGUCACAGCCAUCUCUCCGGCGGCGAAACUAAAACCCAAACAAACCGUUCCUACUUCUCCUCCGCCUCCAACAAUCUCUGCAGCAGCUAAAGCUUUCACCGAUGCGCAUAACAAGGCCAGAGCCAUGGUUGGUGUCCCACCACUAGUUUGGAGCCAGACGCUAGAAGCUGCUGCGAGUCGGCUGGCUCGUUACCAGAGGAACCAGAAGAAGUGUGAGUUCGCGAGUCUUAACCCUGGGAAAUACGGAGCGAACCAGCUUUUGGCUAAGGGCUUAGUAACCGUGACACCGUCUCUCGCGGUGGAGACUUGGGUGAAGGAGAAACCUUUCUACAACUACAAGUCAGACACGUGCGCUGCGAACCACACGUGCGGGGUCUAUAAACAAGUCGUGUGGAGAAACUCUAAAGAGCUCGGAUGUGCUCAAGCCACGUGUACGAAAGAGUCAACGGUUUUGACCAUUUGUUUUUACAAUCCUCCGGGAAAUAUAAUUGGCCAAAAGCCUUACUAGCAAAUCGGAUUCAUCAUCAAAAGCUUUAAAUAAGAAGAGAAUUGUAUG